CGGGACACAAGAGCGGCUACGGGUGGGCACCGACAGCGGAUGGACGAGGGAGAGAGGGACGAUGUUCAGGACGCCCUCGAUGAGGUGGAGGAGGAGGGUCUCGAGGGUAGGGUUGGGGGAGGGGGGGAAGGCUGACGAGGCAGUCGGAGACCCUGAACUGCCAGGGGAGGAGGUGGUGAUGACGUCGAGAGGCAUCGGUCGAGCAGGUCCCACUCCUAGGGCACCACGACCUGAGUUGGAGCGCGCGAGGAGGGAGAAGAGGCCGGUGGGGGAGGGCAACGUCGAGGUGCGAGAGCCGGCCAGGGAGAAGAGGGUUCGGCAGACGACGAUCGACGAGAUGUACGACAAGGAGAAGUUGGCCGAGUUCCAUGAAGCGUGGCUGCAGUGGAUCUACGCGAAGGGGUUGGCAUUCAACGCCUUCCGAGGUCCGGAGUUCCAGAGGGUUUGGCGGGCGGCAGAGAGAGUGUCGCAGACAGUUCAGUUCCGGUUUCCCUCGUACAGGGUCACAGUGGGCACCGGGAUCCCAUCGCAGAGGGGGAAGGUGGCGUGGAUGGUGAGCGAGGUGCGCUCUGCUUUUCGGCACACCGGUGCCACCAUCCUCUCGGACGGGAGGAAGUCGCGCAACGACAAGCCGCUCGUGAAUUUCGUGGCGGGGGGCGCCAACGGAGCCCUGCUGUACGCCACCGUCGCACGUGACGGGUCUGUCCGCGACACUGCGGAUAUCGUGUACCGCAGGUGGCGGGCCAUCAUCUUGUCCUUUCCUGCAAAGGACGUGAUCGGCUUCUGCACGGACUCCGCCAGUAACUAUAUGGCGGCGGCCCGCAGAUUCGCCACCGACCCCGACGCAGACAUCAGGAGGAUCACUUGGCUUCCCUGCUCCACCCACAUCUGCAACUUGAUGUUGUCAGAUGUCGGGACGCGAGUGGCGUCGGUCAAGGAGACCAUCAUCCGUGCCCGAGCGCCCAGUGGGUUCAGCAGCAGAUCCGCGACGGCAAAGUUCUGGCGAUGUGUUGACUGUGCCAUCCGCGUUAUGUCGCCCAUCCACCAGCUCUUGAGGAGGAUGGAUAGAGGGGGGAUGAUGAUGUCCAUCGUUUACGAGUGGGGUCAGCAUCUUCUGGAGUUGAUGAGGAGGGUGGAUGUGCCGGCGGACAUGGUCGAGCCUUGCGUGCGCGAGGUUGCCGUCCGCAACCUCCACAUGCUCGAGCCCGCACAUGCUGUGGCACACCUCCUCAACCCUCGCCGCCGGUCCCUCCGAUAUUAUGAGCCGUUGCAGACGACUACCGAGGACGCCCGUGUUGUCGAGGAGUGCGACAGAUUCCUGCCCGCACAGACUGGCGGCGAUCCGGUCGGCAGACUAUACAGGACAGUCCGUGACCAGAUUAGGCAUUUCCACUCGCGGCGGGGAGAUUGGGGAGGUCGACUGCUGUCCGAUGCCGAGGCCGACGACUGUCGGGGGGACCGCGAGAUUGAGCGUUGUGCCCAGUGGUGGUUUGAUCAUGGACGUCAUCACCCUGACUUGCGCACCAACGCCAUCCGUGUGAUGCACUUGUGGACGUCCGCCUCUCAUGCGGAGAGGAACUGGGUGCAGCACGAGCGCAUCAACACGGCGAGGCGCCACAAGCUUGGCUUGCACAGCUGGUUGAGAUUGCCUCCAAUCUCAAACUGGCCGGAUGCGCACAGCAGGGUAAUCGCUACGUGACGUGUUUGGCAAGAGGGCGGUGGAGCUACGGCCGUGGCCGGAGCAGACGUCGGACGCCGAUACGGACGGCGACACUGCGGAGGACCUUACACCAUGACUCCACACACAUCCAUCAUCACUGACGAUGUGCCGUCCGGUGGUCAGGCCAGUGGCACCGGCAGAGCCGGUGGUCGUCGUCGACGAAGACUGCGUGCCGAUGAGCACGUGGAGGAGCACGAACCAGUCGGAGGCCUUCGACAGACGGGCAGACAUUGGGAGGUCAGGAGCGACAGCGAGCUGGAGGGGGCGGAAGAGGAGGAGGAGGCGCGCCUUCGGGAUCGUCAGUUCUCUCCCUCUCAUCAUCGGACCACGGGAGCGCCCGAGCCUACCAGGCUGAGGACAAGGUCGGCAUCGGCAGCGGAGAGACAGCAGACACCAGCAAGCGAGCAUCAUGAGGGGACCGGGCUUGGGGACAUUCCGGAGAUGGAAAGGACUCCAUCCGGCGCCGGUGUCCGCCACCGCUCGCCGUCCGAGCUGCGCACCGACGACUUCUACGUCGGCGGCUCUGGCGGGGGUUUGGGGGAUCUCAGUGCCCCGAGACAGCGGGGUGCUUCACUGUCGGACGUGCUCCUCGACGAUUCUGAUGUGCAGGGCCAUGUAGAGACCGCGGAGGAGCGGGAUGCCCGAGUGGACAGAGAGGAGGAGGAGCGGCUGCGGACUUUGCCGGAAUGGGAGGGUCGUUUCGCAUAUAUGGAGGAGCAGCGCCGACGGAGGGAGUUGGAGACAGGGAGGGGUGGUGGUGGUGACGAAGGCGACGGUGUGCCCACGGGUGUUGAGGGAGAUGGUGUACCCAUGGGUGUUGAGGGAGAUGGUGGCGGCGAGGAUGAGGAGGGAGAUGGUGGCGGCGUGGACAAGGAGGGGUGCGACCACGGAAACGACCACGGUGACUACGACGGUGACCACGGCGACGACGGCGGCGACGACGGCGGCGAUGACGGCGACGACGGCGACCACGGCGACGACCACGGCGAUGAGGGUAGGCUGGCUUUGGUCUUGAGGGACCCGUCAGUGCCUACAAUACCUCUCACACGGCCCGAGGCCUUCGCUCAGGCUGGUUUUGAUGCUGAGGAUUCGGCGCGACUCGGUUCACAUGACCCUUUCCCCCACACGGGCCGCAGGAGCGACGAGAGGCGCCCUCCUGGAGGGGCAUAUUCGCCUCCGCCGUACAUCGUGGAUAGCCCUAGAUGGUCAGGUUCUUCGCUCAGCGGCAUUAGAGGGAGGGAGUCCGGGCUGGUUGAUGGCGGGUCGGGCCGCCGCAGUGACGGCGACGGAUCUGCCGGAUCGAUGCCUCCGCCACCCGCACAAAGCAUGGAGGGCGGCGUCGACGCGACUACCGCCCGUGCGGCCGUUGCCGGUUCCCCUCCGCCUGUCGCAGGUGGUGUUGCCGGCGGAUGGGCAGCUUAUCGCCGGGUCUCGGACUGGCUGAGGGUGGAUUACGACGCCGGGAGGGGCGCCUUCGCAGGACGUUUGUCACCUCGGUUUCAGGUUGUGGCCAGCAGCGAGGGCGGCUCCGGACGUCCAAGUGUUCACAUGGCAGGCCGCAUGCUCGGUUUGUCUCGAUCAGCGACGAGGAGAGUUUUGAUCCCACCGCCGAUUCCGGCCCGAGGGACAGCUGCGGACAUGCAGCAGGGUCAGCACUACACAUCUAGCGAGGAGGGGUUGCUGAUGCGGAGUGGGAGUAGACGACAGAGCGUCAUCAUGGAGGUUGACCUCGACUCGCAGCAGAGCUUGCCGCCGGCCAGGCUGCAUUGGACGCGAUUCAGAGGCAGCGACAGACGAUUGCUGCAGCGGAGGCCGAGGACGAGGAUGCGGACACAGAGUCCGAGCCGAUCGACAUUGCAGUCCGCAGACAUAGAGCGGCCUUGUCCGCGGCAGCCGCGGUAGCACAGGCGACAUACAUCAGCGGUGCGCAGGGCACAGGUG